AUGUCUGUUAUACCAGUACAGUAUGACAUUUUGAAGCCGAUUCUGUCGUACAUGAAUCCAAAUAAACGAUUUCAAAUAUCUCUUCGAAUGCCUUCAAUCAGCUCUUUAGAGAGCAGUAUAACGCUGAAAAUCGAGAAUUUGACGUUUACAAGGAUGGAUACAAAAGUGAAUGAGGUCUCCUACCGACUUGGUGUGUACCGUGAUUACGGACGCAACGAAACUCCUUACGAUGUCCUCCGUAUGAAUCAAGGGGGAGGGUCUUCAGAUGACAUUGAUCAAUAUGGACUCAUCAUAUUUUCCGGAGUGAACAACGUACUUCCAGGAGAUAUCGAUUUGAGAACAGUAGUUCACCCAGAUGGUUGGUUUAAUACGGACGAAUCGGAACAAAACGUAGUCCAACAACUGAGAGUUUUUAAAAUGUUGCUGGCUGAACGCUUGAAUCAGGAAUAUAUUGAAGAUGACGAAACCAGGAAUGCCGGAGUUGGUGGACCUUUGAAUGAUCUUAUAGAUUCAUAUCGAGAAAUUACAUUGAACGCAUCUGCAGAACUCAUUCAAAGCAGGAUUCAAUCACUUCAGGAUCGGCUUAGAGCUUUUUCCAAUCGUCGAAACAAUCAGAACCUGCCGUAUACUGCCUUGAUUCAAUUAUCCGUAUAUUCUUCAAAAGGCCGUCAGAUACAACGUGUUGCAUACAAUAAGUAUCUUUAUGAAGCGAGAAGGACGGUACACACAAAAUUGUUUGGAAAUCGUGGUUCAAAUAUAUCAGUGAAGAAUCUGAAAAUUGAGCCGCAUUCUCCGUUUUCAAAUCACAUUCUUCGUUUUCCCGCUGGAACAAUCUUGAAAAUUGAAAAUUUGGAAGUUUCACACUGGAAUUCACUUGCAUUUGAAAGUUUCAAGAAUGUCAUUCAUCCAUCAUCUUUUCCAAUUCAACGACUCAAAAUUUCUAGUAGUAUUUCUACUGCAGAUUUUCGGCACAUCAUUGCGAGAGAGCCAAAAAGAUUGAUUAUCAGUAAUAAUACCAAAGAAAAUUGUUCAUGGACCCCGAUUCUUUCGAAUCUGACCAACCGAAGAGUGUACUUGGAGAAUGAGAAUAGACUGAAUCCACCAAAUAAUUAUAUGGAUUUGAUCGAGAAUUGGCUGCAGCAAGGGCGUCCGUUUGGAACCUGUUUCUAUAUGGGAAUCAAAAACGAAGAGACCGUGAAGCAAUGUUUGGAGACUUUGAGACAGAGAGAAGAAGUUGUUGCAUCUUCUGAAAAACAAGUUCAACUCCGAAUCAACGCUUCAUUGAUACUCGAAGUUUGUUAUGAAAUGGCUGAACGACGUGAGAGAUUACAGAGAAAUGGCCCAUCGAAGUGGUGGCUGAGAUUAAGAGUUGUUCGUGGAAGAGAUGAUUAA